UCCCGACCCAUUUCUAAUAUUCGAAGUUAUUUCGCUCGAAUUCGCUAGACAUAUCGUCUAACCCGUUAUCGAACAACAUUGUCACCUGACGCGACUCCCGCGAAUUUGUCGACACCAAAUCGAACCCCGGCUCCAACCCCGAUCCCGAUACCACCAGCCUAAACUUGCCUCCUGAAUCAUUCUAUUGCAUGCGUCUACGAGUGUUUACAUAUUGGACAUUGGACAUUGGACUUCGGACAUCGGAAAGCGACAGCGACGUUAGAGACCAGCUUGACCAGCCCGACAUUGUCACGCCCAUGAUAGUGCCGCGAUCCGGACGAGACUCUGCUUCGUGCAACCCGACAUUAUUAUAAGGGGCAAUCUUGGAGGUUAAGACCUCACGCGAGGUCGUUGCUAACACCCUCGAUGAUGACCUCUCGUCGUCCUCGCGAUGUUGGUGGAAGUUUUGCGAGUCGGCGUGGCCAUGCCAACCAACUCUCCAUCUCCGAUCCGACCCACCACAUAACCGAGACUAUCGGAACUAUGUACGGCGACGAUGACGAUUACGAUUCGCGCCCUUUGAGCUUCAUCUCCUCUCCUCCAGAGGGUGAGCAAAUAGCCCAGCGUCCUGCUCCGGAGCCUACAUCUUCCGAUAAGCAACGGCUUCCGCUUAUUCGAACAAGCUCAGAUAAGACAAAUUUACAGCCUCCCGCAACGAACGGAAACUCCGCGCAGAAAUCCCAGACGCUUCCCGGCCAGAGAACUACGAACUCAAGAAGUAGCUCUUUCGAAGCGGCCCCGAAAUCUCCAAAUUCGCCUAUGUCGCCCACGCUCCGUGAUAUGCGCGACGAUGCUCAGCAAUAUCCGAUAACCAACAUUGACAAUCCAAAUGAUAUCGCGCAAGAACUAAGCAACCUACAAGCCCUACGGCGCAUGUCCAUGGACGUCUCGAACAACAGCGACCCCGACCUUCUUCCUUUCCAGGGCAUGUCUCUCAUGGCGAUGCCGUCCAUAGCACCGAAAGGAGACGAUGAUGCCGACCCUUCGAGACUACUAUGGGUUCCUGCCGGUGUUCAUCCUGAGCUGGCCCCUACCGAGUUCAAGAAUUUUGUCGAAAAAAGAGUUCAGUCAAUGAAACGGAGAUCUUCCGAGUCCACGCUGUCCGUGGAUGGCUUGGAGAGGAGCGAUUCGGGUGGGCUGCGGAGAAAGAAGUCUAUGCUUUCCAGACAAAUCGAUAAUGCGGGCGGACACGGUGCGGAAGGAUACGUUGACGGUGCCGAAAGAUUAGAAAGGCAAAAGUCGCUUAGGGAGCCAGGGCAAGGACCACCAGAGCUUAGUUUGGAUGAACUUGUUAAGGACCCAUCGAAGAUCGUCCAGAAACUUACUCUCGAAUCUCAACGCCAGGAUCUAGGGGCUGAGGCUUCGAAUGCCGACGAUAUGCCUAUACUUCCUGUCGCGCCAGGCAUGGGCUUACGCCGAUCAACUCGUACCACAUAUCGAAAAGGUGGCAGUCUGAAGAAUCGACAAGGUUCCCUCAGGUCUGAGGAUCGACUCCCUUUUUCGAAACGUAUCGCGGCGAAGAAACCCGAAGAAGGGACAGGUGCAUCAGCUGGCAGUGAAUCAACUGCUGAAGCACCACCGGGAUACGGCUUGACACGGGUACAAUCAGAACCGAUUUCCGAGAAUUUCUCAAGACCGUCGAAACCUAUGCGGCGGCAGCAAACUUUCUCCCAAGACCCAGCGUCAGAUACGUACGAAAGUUCUCAACAUGACUCACAAGACUCAAGCCAGGGUUCUCCCACCAGACCGCAAGGACCGAGCCGUACCUUAUCCGCUGAGGCUAUUAAGACAUCUACCCCGACAUCGCAGAUCAUCGAGACAUCCAUUGCUGAGGAGGAACCUUCUGAAGCGCAAGCCAUGGAAACGAAUAGGCCUUUCCCGGAGCGAUCAUCCUCACAGCGGAACGCCGCCCAGCCUGUGUCUCCGCCACCGUCAACACCGGCUGAACCACCAGCGCGUUCGAAUAAAAGACCGAAUUAUGGGCAACCGCUCCAGAGUUCCUCACCGCCACAGGUUAUAAGUCGAACGCAACCGAAUAGAUUAACAAGCACUACUAACCGAAACAUCAAUGAUAUGCCACCGAACUCUUCACCGUUUGCAGCCAGCAGCGCCACUAGUACCGAAUCCCUUACAUUCAUCCCGACAUUUACAACUCCCGAAGACAGAAAGCCGGAGAAGAAGGGCAAGAAAGAGAAGAAUGAAAACGAGGGUGAGAAAUCCAAGGCUACGUCCUGGAAAUGGUUCAACAAGGGCGAGGAUAAAGAGAAGAAAAAGAAGGACGAUGAAAAUAGGAAGUCCAAGACCAAAGCAUUCGUGGAGAAAGCGCACGAUAAUGUUCGUCUCGACGUUCUGCAAACUUCGAUUGAUACAGCACUUCAUAAGGGACGGGAGAGUCUACUGCUUGAUCGUGACGCCGUCGACAGCAAACUAGAGGAGGAAAGGAGAAAGGAAAGUAGCCGGAAGUCAGGUGAACAAAAGAAAGAAAAAGAUGGCUUCUUCGGCUCGUUCUUUGGAAGUAGCAAAAGGAGAAGUGAGAGGGAUUCUACCAGUAAGAAACACCAGGCCCAGAGAUCGUUGUCCCCAGAACCAGCUCCAUACCGACCCUUACGGCCCGAUGUCGACUAUCACUGGACGAGAUUCCCUAUUCUAGAGGAGCGAGCGAUCUAUCGGAUGGCACAUAUCAAGCUUGCAAACCCCCGCCGUGCGUUGUAUAGCCAGGUCUUGCUCAGCAAUUUCAUGUACUCGUAUCUCGCAAAGGUCCAAGCCAUGCACCCACAAAUACAAGUUCCACAAUCACCUCAACAGAAGAGACUGCAAGAAGAGGAGAGACGGCGGCGUGAACAAGAGCAGCAGUAUAUGGAACAGCAACAGGCGCAGGAUAGCAUUGAUCGCUACAACUUUGAAUACCACCGAUCAACGACUCAAUAUGGGGAUCCUAGCAUGCAGCAAGAAGCUGGAGACUACCCGGAAUCUGCCGAAAUUUACGACUAUGAGCAUAGCAAGGAUCAUAUGGGUGGAAAUAAUGACUACCAAGAUAUGGAUGAUUACGGUAGUCAAGACGCAGACAAGGAUUACUAUUCUACUUACGUUCAGUACACUAACAGUGAAAACGGGCGCCGCCAGCACCAAGACGAAGACGAAGAUAUGUGGUGAUACGCCAAACGAUGAGGCGGGAUCGCCAAAGGCACCCGUAUAGCGAUCACACCGAC